ACUCGACGUUAUCAUGGACAAACAAACGUGUCAUUUCGAAGGCCACCUGAAUUCGCCCAUCACCGACGAUGAAGUUAAGUUCGUAUUAAAAUAUGACAAAUUCUACUGCCCGAGACACGAAAAAUUAAAGUGUUUAUUCGAAACCAAAUUUAAGGGUAUCAAAUCAUAUUCUGAAUACUCAGGGUGUUACUGGACGCUCGUAGAAGACACAGUGUCAAAAUGUAAGUUCAAAGUCCCACAGAGUGAACCGGAAUUCUCCCUCCGAAUACUAGCCGAGGCUGCGGUCUGGAAUACAAAAAUCCAUCAUGAGAGCUAUUAUGGCAUCAAGAUGGACUUGGAUAGCGAAUUAGAUGACUACAAGUCGCUUCUCUUCGACAGCAAGAUUCAAGAUCUAUACAAAAUCAAAACUCGAGUCGAACACAUCAAGAGUCAAAUAACGAACAUAGAACAGACAUCGGGGGAAUUUCAUACGGUCUCAGACGACCUACUAAUUGAGAAGGAAUUGUCUAUCGUUCGAGUGAAUGGGAAAUUUUUCCUCUUCCCCACAACACUAAUUAUGUGUGUUUUGGACAACCUCCAGACCAGGUUCUAUAUCAGACUACAUGUGAUGAUGAAGGAGAAGAAUGAGAGAAUUGAGGGUCUCACCAGACACUACGACACCCUCCAUUCCACAUUGAUUAGAAUGAGAGGGAAGUAUAUAAAUGGGUUCUUCGAGAUAAUGAAAAAUUGGGACGCAUACUGUAUUGGACUAACUGUUUCUGAUGAAGUGGAAGACCUGGGGUUUCAAACUCUCAAAGAUUCCAUCGAAGCGGAGUUGAUCGAGAAGUUCAACAAAUACGAUAUUCGAGGGCUCCUGGAUCUUAUGACGUGUCGCCGAGUAUCCACCAGGAGAGACGUGGCUGUUCCCAUCUCUCUGUACUUCUCAAAUUUAAGUAAGAAUUACGGACAUCCAAUUCUCCAUCCAACUGAGGGUAUUGAAAAACUCCGACUAAAUUCGAAGAAACAUAUAGAUGUUGAUGACCAAAUAGCGAGAAAGGUGUUAUGGAUGUUUAGGAAAACCUACUUUACCAACUAUUUCCGAAAGAAUAGCCACUACCCCAAACAUAAGGUCCUCGGAGACGUUCAUCCUAUCUUAGAAGAGUGCUUAAAAGACGAAAGAGCAUUAACGAACAAUGAAUCCAAGACUUUGCCACUAUCUGCUUGGAGCAAUGUCAAACUCGAGAAAAACCAUGACAUGAGCUUAGAGAUAGAUGAAAAAGAGUUGCUUAAAGAUACUGCGUGCUCUCCUCCCAGAGAAGAAUGGUUCCGGCCAUACGAUCAGUGUGCAUUCAUGAACCUUUAUGGACAAAGGAAGCCUAGAAGCUGGAAUCAUUUCGAAUCAAGAGUUCUCGCAAGGUACCUAAAAGGGGACGAGGGAGAACUGGCCAAGAAGAUUCAAGACCAAGAGAACCUAUAUUACAACCACCUGAGAGAUGACAUAGUUCAGUUAUGUCGAAAAGAAAGAGAGCUGAAUAUUAAGGGAAGAGUUUUCUGUAAACAAACAUAUGAGAUGAGGUUGAUGCAAGUUUGUAUGGAGAAAUCUUUAAGUGAUAAUGUUCUGCCCUACGUCAAAGAGCAAACGAUGACCAACACAGAAUUAGAAGUAGCCAAGAGAAUGGACAAAGUCGCCUCUCAUAUAAAAGAGAAAGGUCACGCUAACUUGAACUUAGACCUGAGCUCCUGGAACCAGUUGAAUAGGCAUGAUUUAAACAAGUAUCUGUUCCAGGAACUUGAUGGACUUCAUGGGAGGCAGAAUCUCUAUUCAGAUUCUCACUUAUGGUUCAAUAGAUGCAUGGUUCUUCUUAGUUCAAGACUAACGCCUCCAGAAAUUGGACCCGAUGGAGAGCCAUUAGCAGGCGACUACUGCCAUUACAACCAGCUCGGAGGAUUCGAAGGGAUGAGGCAAAAAGCUUGGACAUUAACUACUAUUAUGAUUAUCAAAAUUGCCCUUGAGGAGUGUAAUAUUCAGGGAGAAGUGAUGGGUCAGGGAGAUAAUCAAAUCAUUCACAUCCGACUAAAUACCGAGCAACAAAGCCAACCUCACUUCUAUAUUAAAAUGUUGUUAAAUAGUUUGGAUUAUUUAUUCAGGUCAGCGGGACUGUUACUCAAGUUACAAGAAACUUGGUACUCCCAAAAUCUAUUCGAAUACUCAAAAGUUCGUUACUACAAGUCAAUAAGAAUUGACGAUAGCCUCAAAAGACUUAACAGGAUGAUUCCAGACAUUAAUGAGGGAUUUCCCUCCUUACAAUCUUUGAUCACAGGAGUUUCAACUACUACGGAAAAUAUGUCCCGGAACUACGUCUCGCCUAUUAUCCCGUUCUUCCUUUAUUCAUUGGAACUCGGAAAUACACUCAAGAGAAAAGGAGCAGUUGACCUCAAGACACGGGACACAGACAAAGUGUGUGCUUUAAUGAAUAUUCCUUCAAUUCUAGGAGGACUGCCCCUUUCGAACAUGUAUCAACAUUGUCAGAGAGGAUGCCCCGACCCAUUAACUAUCUGGCUCAAGAUAUUAGAAAUGAUAAGAAAGAACAGUCCGAAGAUCUACAACCGAAUAUUACAUCUGAUACCUUGUAAGGUUAAGUCAGAUUACGAUCCGGUCAAGCUCGUCGAAGACAUCUAUAGUUUGAAUAUUGUAGGAAUGCCUAAUUUCGAAAGAAAAGCUAGAGAAUUGAUAGAAGAAUUUCUACCAACAUAUGUCACGAACCCAAAGGUAAUCAGGUUACUAGGGGCCGAUAAGAGCGAUCUUGAAUCCUUAUGCAGUAUCCUCACAACGAUGAGACCUUAUGUUGCUAACUUAGCCCACGAAAUCCUCAGAAACUCCAAUGAAGGAGUUCAAUUGCAGCUGAUUGGUAGCUUUUCCAACCUACAGACGAUAAAUAGGAUGAUUAACGAGGAUCCUAACAGAACUGAGACAAUCUUCUCUUUGGGGAAAUUUAAAGAUGCUGAAGCGAUUGAAGUCCUUAACCGGAGAUUAACCCAAUCCGAGCUCCCUGUAUCAGGCAUACAUCUGUUAGAGAGAGCACUGUCAUCUAUUCCAUGUACAUUCAAAGCAGCUCAAUGGUUAAGAGAGACUACUUGGGGCUUCCCGAUAAUGGGAAUUACUAGUCCGGUUCCCUGUGAGCAAGUGAAAAUUGAAGAUUACGACAACAUGGAGAGAAGUGCUAAGAGGGACUGCAUAAUAGCAAAGACUUCGUACAAACUCAAAACAUGCGGAAAAGAAGCACUCAGCUCUCGAGGACCUUUUGAACCCUAUUUGGGAACCUCUACUCCUGAGAAAAUGAUUAGACCAAAACUAACUGUCAUCAACCCAAACCCACAAAUAAAGUCUGUAAUGAAACUAUACUACAUUUUGACGUAUUUGGAACGUAUGGAUCCUACGAGUCCUCUCAUAAGGUUAGUAAACAAAAUGAUACAAGAUAAACUCAAGUACCUUCCUCCAGAGUUCAAUCAAACCCCCCUCUCAGACUGGUGUGGAAGAAACUACGGGGGGAGUUAUGAACACCGAUUCAAGGCCUCAUCUCAGAAAAGAUCCGCGUUGUUCUCACUAAUGGAGAAUCUCGCCACUCAUGUCACAAUCAACACAAAUCUGUUGGGAAAGGCGUUGAGAGGGAACGAGGAUUAUAACUUGUUUUUUCAGGAGAUUUUCCUUUAUAUUCAAAAUUACGUAAUCGAGCGGGCAAAUCAAGGUCUCCCUAUAGCAGACACAUACGCUAUACCUCUAAACUGCCCGGAUUGCACAUACUUGAUUCUAAAUACUCCAAUCUCCAUUAACCUCCAACAUAUGAGUUAUCAGUCAAAACUUAUACAGAGUCAAAUGAACUCCAGAUUGAGCAAGACAAAUCUAACUGAAAGCAUCCAAAUUUGUACCCUGGCUAUGUCGGUGUCUGUUGGCAGAAAACUAACGGCAUCGCGGAUGCAUGAUAAAGAUGUUCAUAAUGCUCUUGAAACAUUUCAAAGUGCGAAAACGGAAGAAUCAACAGAACGAACUAGCAGUAAUUUAAUGUCCGAGUUCAGAAACGCAAACUUCGACUACGUACUUGUUGGUGCACUACAAAAUAGUAAACAAUUGGUCGAUUUCAUUCUUGGAAAAUCAAGAGAGUACCCAGUACCCAUCUUCGAACAUUUAUCUUAUCUGAUCAUAAAUAGUGAAAGAAUGCAAGAGAUAUUGGGCGUUCUACAAGUACCUAUUGAAAAACACUCGUCAGUAACACAAACGAGCGGACUCGCCAAGGUUCUCGCGAAAGCAGUGUUGGAUUACAUCAAGUCAAAGAAGGGGCUCUUCUUUAGAGCUUGUGUUUUUACGACUUUUGCCUCUGAUUUGAUAUCAAAGCAAGCAUAUCUUUGGAGAACCUUUGUUGGACACUUAAUACAAGAGAACUCCACCCUGAGCACCGUCCAAAAAAGAGGCAUAUUGAGGACCCCUCAAUGCGGCGGUUCGACUGUGCACGAGUGGUGUCAGAGAGUUCCGCUUGACCUAACUAAGAACCUAUCGGUAGACAUCAAGUUUGAGGAGAACGAUGCGAUCUCAGUCUGGCGUGAUCUCAAAAACGAAAUAGGUGAGCACAUCGAGUCGAAAUUCCCAUUGUCAUCUCGCUUAGAGACGAUUGCAGAAACAGAGGGCUCUCAUCCCAGUUCUAUCGGAGUUAGUGACCCUCUCAACGAUUAUUUCCACUUCUCCUUCGAAUCUCUAAUCGAGAAUGGAAGUACAGAAAGCCCGAUUUGGGUUAAGUGGGUUCAUCACUGUACUCGCCCAAUCGGGAAAAUCAGUACGUCAGCUUCCAAGAUCCACCAGAUUAUGAGUCACUGUGCUUUGAAAGGAAGCGGCUUGAUAGUAACACUUGCAGAAGGGUCAGGAGGGAUCUUGAACUACUUAGCCCACCUCUAUCCAUCGAGUCGCCUAAUAUACAACACACUCCAGAGUGACCUAGUCGAAAAUAAGGAGAACGUGUUGAAUAUAAUCCCUCCUGCUCUGGUUGGAGACCCAUGUGAUCCCGUGAAGAGGAUCUGUCACAUCGAGGACACAUGUCUGGGAGAGACUGAUAUCACUAAGGAAUCCUUCAUCAGGAAGUUAAAGGAAAUCCUACAAGAGGAGCAGGAAAGCAUCGCGAUUCUGAGCAUGGAUGCAGAACUUAAGACCGACAUGACUAACACGGAUAAAUUGGAGAUAUACUUGCCUCUCGUCAAGGGAUACAUGACUCCAAAAAGCCUUCUUAUCAACAAAAUGUUCAUCAACAACAGCAGGAGUCUGGAGAACGUCAGAAGCUGCUGUCAUAGCUACGGAUAUUCCUGUAACUUUCAUAAGCCCUCAUCGAGUCACCCACACAACAGCGAAGUUUACGUUGUCUGUUUCCUUCAGAACUCUCUCCAUCAUACCGAGACCCAGGAACCACUCGAUGAGUUACAUUUGUUCAAUUGGAAAUUGCUAGGGAACGGACUCCAAUUAUUAUCCACUAGAACAAAUAGGGUUAAUUAUUUGAAGAACAUCGUGGGACAAGCCAACAAUUCCUUAUUCACAUCUCUCAGAAGCCACCCUUGCAUAUGGGCUGUAAGGAGAAAAUACCAAGUCGAAGAGAUCUCAGAACAGUUCCUGAGCAAGAGACAUCAGAGGAAUCUGAUGAUGUGUUUACUGGCAAUAGAGAGAAAUUCUGAAGUAAUAGAUUACAGAGAGAAGUCAAUUGUUUAUAUCCCAUUCAUGCGUAAGGAACAAAUAGCGGCUCUUCUCGUGCUGUCUAUCCUGACUUCUCUUCACAGGAACUUCAAUCAAUUAGUGUCCAUCUUAGACUCGUUAUCAAUUCUCAGUAUUAACUGCAAUAUCAUACCCCCGAAGAAACUAGAAGUUAGUCUUUCCUUGAUAACGGGGCCCGAGACCUCGUCCCAGUCGGUUCUCGGAGUUCUUGAUCACAAGGUCAAGGAUUACUUCCGAACCCUUCCAUAUUUCAAGAUCCCUCAAGACAGAGAGGUCCCUGCUUAUACUCUCAACGAUGGAGUCACCAGGAUAAGAGAAGCAGAGCAAAUGAGACACGAGUUAGAAGAAAACCUUAAGGAACUAGUACGAGAGAGCGAGUGCGGAUACACUAGUUAUUUAAACAUUUUACGUAGGUAA